AUGCAGGCAAUUCUUGAUACCACUGAUAAACCGAAGAAAGGAGGAAAGGAGUCAAAGAAAGAGGUUAAGAAGGCUGAAGGUCUUUCUGGUGCUACAAAACCUUCGCCUAAAAAGCAAAAGUCACCCACAGCAUCCUCUAUGGCUGUUCCAAAGAGAAGAAAACAACCGGCUCGCAAACGGAAGACGUCUACUCCCUCAAAAAGCAAAGAGUCAGAUUCUGAGACUCAUUCUAUUUUCAAUGAGGAGGAAAUCUCGGUUUAUAAUGAAGAGGCAGAGACAGUUCAGAAUCAAGAACCUCCAGUUCACAACGAAGAAGAUACUACGAACCGAGUGGUACAUCAAUCUAUUCGUGAAUUAGUUCCUUCUCCCCAUCCUUCUCCAAAAUCAACCUCCAUUCCCAUUACUAUUGCUCCUUGUCCACCCCCUGUUAUCUCAUCUCAACCUACUAAGGUUCCCAUCUCAACACCAAUCUUAACCGCUUCAACUACUAAUCCCAUCACUUCAAUGAUUCCUGAGGUUUCGAUCAACGUAUCUGAUACGGGGGAUACAACUUCAGUGUUCGCUACCCCUGUUUCCUCAUCCAUUUCUCCUAUUCGUAAUGAUGAUCUGGAAAUGAUAUUUGCUGAAGAUGGUGAUGAAUAUGAUCUAGGCGGAUUCACCUAUAAUCCAUUCCAGAUCACGACCGAAAAUGAAGAUGAAACCUCAAUUUCGAAAGGUCAGUUGAAAGCUAUUCAUGAGAAGCUUGAUCAACUGUUGCUAGCCUCCAAGGCUUCCCCUUCUGAUGUAUAUUUAAAAGCAAUGGUUGAAUCAUUAUUUGGGAGAAUAAAGGAGCAUGAAGAAAAUGCUAAAAAGAUGAAUGCAUCGCUUUUUGAAUCUGUUGAAGUCUGCAAAUCAGCGACCAAAGGAGUCGGAUCUGGAAGUUGGAUUAAUGACUUAACUGGUUAA